AUGUCGGACGAGAAGGACGCCGUUGACUACUCCCUCAACAACCCCGACACUCUGACCAAGUACAAGACUGCUGGUCAGAUUUCUGAAAAGGUCCUUGCUGAGGUCUCCAAGCUCUGUGUCCCCGGUGCCAAAAUCGUCGACAUCUGCCAGAAGGGUGAUAAGCUACUCGAGGAAGAGGUCGGCAAGGUUUACCGCGGCAAAAAGAUCACCAAGGGCUUCUCUCACCCUACCACUGUUUCGCCUGCCUCAUAUGUCACCCCUUACACCCCCUUGACCUCAGAUGAGAGCGAGGCCACUCUGGAGAUUCAGCCCAACGAACCCAUCAAGGUCCAGCUUGGUGCUCAGAUUGAUGGUUUCGGCGCCAUUGUCUGUGACACCGUCCUGGCGGGCGAAAACAAGGACGAGGUUCUCACUGGCCGUCCCGCUGACCUGCUCCUGGCCACCCACUACGCAAAUGAGCUGCUUCUUCGGUUGAUGGUCCCCCCUGGCCUCCUUGCUCAGGGCACCGACGAGGAGAAGGCGAAGGCUGCUUCCCAGAAGCCUCCUACCCAAGCCAAGAUGACCAGCCUGCUUGAGAAGGUUUGCGAGGCGUAUGGCUGCAACCUCGUCGAGAGUACCACCUCAUGGCUCUUCGACCGCAAUGAGAUUGAGAGCACCAAGAAAAUUGUUCUUGCUCCCCAGGAUGGCGGCAAGGGCGACGGUGUUCCCGCCAUCUCCGAGGUCUGGGGUGUCGAGAUGGGCGUGUCUCUCGGUUCCGGCAAGUGCAAGGCCUUGGAUGGGCGUGCAACUCUGCACCGUCGCACCACCCAGACCUACGGCUUGAAGCGCCCUACCUCGCGCAAGAUCCUUUCCGAGGUCCAGAAGAAGUUUGGUACCUUCCCCUUCAGCCUGCGACAGCUCGAAGAUGAGCGCGAUGCCAAGUCUGGUGUCGUUGAGUGCGUUCGUGGCAAUGUUUUCCGCCAGUAUGAGCUUGUUGGUGACAAGGACAACGCCCCCGUUGCCCGCCUGCUCACCACGAUUGCCAUUACCAAGAACGGCAUCACCAAGCUGGGUGGCCCUCCUGCCCUCGAUCUGAGCAAGGUCAAGUCGGACAAGAAGAUCACCGACGAGGAGAUUCUCAAGAUUCUGGAGCAGCCCCUGGCCAGAAACACUGGAAAGAAGAGCAAGAGCAAGAAGAAGAAGAAGCCCGCCAAGAAGGCUGCCGCCGCCGCCGCCGAGGAUUCUGAUGACGAUUCCGACGACAGCGACGAGUGA